GGCAAAGGUUAUGCCAUAAAGAGAGCGUGCCUUUAGAGAGAGGUGAAAGAUCAUGCAUCUCUUCUGAUAUAACAGCAAGCAAGAACCCUCUAGUUUUAACCUACCCUCAUUGCGUAUCCGUUGUGAUUUCAUGGUAUUGUUAUUUAUUAAUAGCUUGGUCAUGAAAGCUGUGAAUUGAAGGGGACGUUUUUGGUGUUUGAUGUUUCCUCUCUCAAUUUCUUCCACUAGUAAUUGUCAUGGCUGUUCAAGCACAGUUGUAUCCAGAAAGACUGGGCCUUUUGCCUAUGUGUGGCAUACAGGAUUGCUUGUUUAAUAAUCCAGUUUCAGGGCUUGAGCCUGGUCUUGGUGUUGUUUUUCAAGAGAAUCAACAGCAUAGUCUCUUUCUUGAACAUCAUAGCUCUCAAAACUUUGGGUUUGAUUGUAAUAUCGGCGCUGCUGCUUCUUCUUCUACGACUCGUGAUAGUUCUCUCUCCAUGUCUCUUUCUCAAUAUUUGGACGUCCAGCUUGACAUGCAAAGGCGAGAAGUUGAUUGCAUGCUUCAAUUUCAGGCUGGGAGAUUAAGAACUAUUUUGCAACAGCAAAGGAAGCAACAGCUUGGAAUCACACUUAAGAGUGUAGAAUCAAAGGUCACCUCUUUGAUAAGGCAAAAAGAAGAGGACUUGGCACAAGCAACAAAGAAAACCAUGGAGCUUGAGGUCUGCCUGAGAAAAGUAGAGCUGGAGAGUGAACGAUGUCAGAGAGCAGCAAGAGAAAAGGAAGCAAUGGUCGUUGAUUUAAGCAAGUCGCUUGAACAGAUCAGAGGAAGACUGGUCAUGGCCAGCAAUGAAGUCCAAGAUGCAGGGUCCUUUUGUUGUGGCACAUGUGAUAGAGAACAGGAUCAAGAAAGCCAAAAAAGGAUGGUUUGCAAAGGGUGCAAUUCCAGGAGCUCGUGCAUUAUCUUUCUCCCUUGCAGGCACCUCUGCUCGUGCAAGUCCUGCGACGCUUUUCUUGGCUCUUGUCCUGUCUGUAAAUCAGUAAAGGAAGCAAGCAUGGAGGUUUUUUGGGUCUAGCAAGGAAGGCACAAGGUAAUGCAGAACGGAAUAACCAAAGGGUAAAAUCCUUGGGAACAUCACAUGCUGUUCAUACCUUCAGAGUCCAACAUGACAUGCUGUUCAUACCACAUGAUGUUUUUGGCUUCUCGCGGUCUUUGUUUACAGAUUUUUUAUUUUGUACUGCUAAGACCCGUAUAUAAGUGAAUCAAAUAUGAUGAUAUCUGGUACGAGGCAUGGCAAAGGAUCCCUGCUUUAAUCCUUUAUAGAUUAAUUAUCAUUUUGCCUGA